GCCAACAUGAUAGGCAACUCCGUUCCGGAGUACAUCUUCAUCCGCACCUCCAUCGCUGGCCUCCGUCUCAUAGCCCCUCUGAGUUUUGUCUACAUAUUCGCCAGCUGGCGGGAAGGCCGGUUUCUGUACUCUCCGUGGCUCGGAGCAUACGCGCUGGUUGAGGUGUGCUUCUACUUGUUCGUAUAUCUCCCGCGAUCCUUUCUGCUUCAGAAGGCUGCAACCCAUCCUCCUCCGCUCUCUCGCAAGGAGCGCGAAGCGCUCUUCGGGAAAUGUUUCGUCUACAUUGCCCAGAUGAACAUGGCCUCCGGCUGGUUCUUCGGCGGCGAUGUUUCGCUCAUCAAGCGCGAGAACAUGCGGGAAUGGCUCCUGUGGGCCCUCUUCGGCUGCAACCGCGGCAGCGCACGGCCGGAAUGGGAUGAUGAAAUCGAGGGCUACUUAGCAAUAUUGGACAAUUACGUGGGCAAGCCGCUGGAAGACGGCUGGAGCGAGGCGGCCAGGUGCAUGCGCCUGACGCUGGAUCCUGUUGUCAUGCUGCACAGGCCGCUGGUUUGGUACAUGAUUGUGGGUCUACUCGAUACGGUGACUUGCGUCCGGUUGGCACUCGCAGGGUUCAAGCACCGCGACGCCGGAAACCCUUUUUCUUCCUUCCCUUUCCGGCUAUCGUCGCUCUUCUCGCAGCGCACACCCGAGCCUUCACUCGCGUACUGGUACCGACCUCAUCGCUCAAAGACCAAACAACCCGUCGUUUUCCUCCACGGCAUCGGGAUCGGGCUCUGGCCCUACGUCACGUUCUUCCGCGAGCUAGCGGUCCAUGACCCAGACGUAGGCAUCAUCGCCGUCGAGAACCUCUCCAUCUGCAUGCGCAUCGCCCCACCGCCCCUCCGACGCGCCGACAUGCUCGCCGCGCUCACGAACGUGCUCCGGCACCACAACAUCUCCACGUUCGUCCUCGCCUCGCACUCCUACGGCACCGUCCUCGCCGCGCACAUCCUGCACGACCCCGCGCUCGCCCCGCGCGUCGUGUCCACGAUGCUCGUCGACCCGAUCCCGUUUUUGCUCUACCUCCCGGGCAUCGCGUACAACUUCGUGUACCGCGAGCCGCGCUCCGCGGCCGAGUGGCAGCUGUGGUACCUCGCGAGCCGCGACCCCGACAUCUCGCGCGCGCUCUCGCGGCACUUCUUCUGGACGGAGAACGUGCUCUGGAAGGAGGACCUCGAGGGCUGCGAGACGGCGGUCGUGCUCUGUGGCCAGGACCAGAUCGUCGACGCGCGGGAGGUGAUGAAGUACCUCACGGGCACCGAGGAUGUGACACUUCGGUGGAGCAAGGACGGCCUGGAGGUGCUGUAUUAUCCGGA